CCAGUUUGAAAACCCCUGGCCUAUAUCUUCUGAGUGCAUCAUCUUCUAAGGAUGUUUAAAAAGAUGUUUAAACAUCUUAAUUUAAUAAGGGCUAGUGUUAACUUAACACUGGGGGUUUUGCUGUUUCCCCAACAGUUUAUCAUAUUGAAGUAUUAAGUUAAUGCCAGACCGAUAUGCAAAUAAUAUAGGGCGAAACUGCAUUGCACGUUUAAGAUAAGCCAUCCUUUUAUAAAUGUGUUGCUUUCUUCAUCUCUCCAUUUUCAAACAUUAGUAAAGGCCGUCUAGUGUUUGCUAAUAUACAGUGUUUAUUCUCAGAAGAUAUGAACUCUUUUGUGAAGCAGAAUGGCCCUCUUUUAGAUUGUAAGGCAGCUGAAAGAAUUCCAAGUAAUUACUCUUUUGCUGUGAAACGUUAAGACAUUCCUAACAAUAACAUGAAUGAGGUCUUUAAAAAACUGAUAACAAGACAAACUUGUUUCAAAUUUCAUGUACAUUGGUUACGAACUGGCUCUCCUUUGUUUGACUUGCAUAAUACCUUGAACGUGCAUGGUAUUCAAAGAGCUGGUAACCUUUAAAUGAGCCAGAGGGUUUUUGUUCUCCUCAAACUAUAAAAAGUCAAAGCUGAAACAUGUGGAAGAUAAGGAUAUUUUUGAUGCCUGCUAAUCAAGGAGCUGAAAUGGUAUCUGCGAUCUCAACUUUGAUUCUCCUAAUGGCAUCUCUGACUGUAGUGAUGGCUAGUGGAAAUGGCACAGACUGUGAUCGAAGGUGUCUGGCAAAUAUUUUGGUUGAUAAGGAACUUCUGAGUGCACCACAGGGUGAUAACUGCACCAUCACAGUAAACAUCACUGCAAUACAAUAUCAGACACUGUCUUUCGACACAAAGGCAAUGCAAAUGAACAGCCGUAUCAAGAUAAACAUGCAAUGGAAAGAUCCUGAUCUUGGAUGGCUACUUGAUAAAUAUAAAUAUCCAGCUGUUGUGUUACCUGUUGAUACAAUCUGGACUCCCACGAUCGUUCUGGACAAUGCAUUAGACACAACUACGGAGCCGUACACGAAUGAUGUGCAGGUGCGGAGAGAUGGUGUUGUGAAGCAUACUAUUAUCUUGUUCACAUCAGUAAGCUGCCAAAUCAACUUAUUCAACUAUCCAUAUGUGUUUGGGGAGUGUCCCGUGGCCAUCAAUGGAUGGAGACAAAAAUUUUGUUCACUGAAACUGAACAUUGCUGAUAAUGUGUCUUUGAUCGGUGGUAGUCAAGGAGAGUGGCAGACUAUGAACGUGUCCAAGAUUGCGGAUAAGUCACAAGCAAAUCGCAAUUAUCUCUUAGUCACCCUGUCGAUCAACCCCUUCGGUGCAUUUGUGACUCUGAUCUUGCCCAGUGCACUUAUAAUGUUGGCUGACCUGAUGAGCUUUGCUCUGCCAUUUCAAGGAGGGGAACUCAACACUUUUAAGGUCACGCUGGUCCUGAGCUUCACCAUGUUCCUCCUCAUCCUCAAUGAUCAUCUGCCUAAUGGUGGAAAUUGCAGCCCUCUUCUCUACUAUCACUUUAGUUUCUGUCUGGUCUGUUUGGUGCUGAGCGUGCUGAUUUCUCUCGUGUUAACACGUCUGGCUGAAGACAGCAGCAUCAUUCCAUGCAUACGCAAGAAAACAUCAAAAGCCACUAAAACACAUGGCAGCGGCAAAGAUACAGAGCCAGGGGGUGGCCAAGAAAAAGACAAUCCUGAUGUGAUUGAGACAAAGUCUGGUGGUCUGAUAUCAAAACAGGCUUCACUCCAGAAGAUUGUGAAGUUUCUGGAAAAAAUGGAUAAAGAGGAAAGUGGCAAAGACAGUAUUGUUGCCAUUGCCUAUCGUCUGGAGAAAUGCGCCUUUUUCUUUUUUCUAACCAUUUAUAUACUGUAUGCCAUAAUUCUUAUUUGUAUUACCCGAACAGACAUUUGCAAGGUUAAUAAUCUAGACUUUUGGGAUCAAUCUACCUCUGAAGUUGACAGCUAUGACUAUUCUUCAGAAUAAUAUCCACAGAGCCUCUCUGAACUCUCUCUUCACCGCUGUAUGCAUACUUUAAGUUAAAACAAUAGCAUUUAUAAAGAAUGGCAUUUAUAUAUGUUAAGAUAUGUCAGUACAAGGUGUUUUUAAAUUAAGGCAGCUCAAACGGGACUAGGAUAAGCCCUGUCUGGGAAACCGCCCUUUUAUGUUCAGUUACGUUCAAAAUAGCAGUGCAACAUCAGUAACCUGAUAAACCACAGUUGUUUGUAGUAGCCAUAUGGCUCUCCUUAUUUUGCCAAGUGGUUUAUGUCCUCAGGGCAACAUUAUGUUGACCCUGGGACAACAUUUCAAACAACCAAUCAGAUUUUAGAAAUGUAGAUGUUUACAACCAAGAUUAGCUGAUUGUAGACCAUUGUUUUUCACUUGUCAUGUCCCCCUGAUUUUAGGGUUUGUUAUGGUUAGGGUGGAUUUAGGUUUUAUUUACAAAAAUUUUGUCCUUGGGUCAACACAAUAUGUCUCUCACUUGGCAAAAUUAGUUUGAGCUAGUAGUGUUGUAGUCAAGACCACCUAAACCGUGACCAAGUCAUGACCAAGACCAAGACAUGCCGAGACAAGACCAAGACUUUAAAGGGUCAAGACCAAGUCAAGGCCAAGACAGGCCGAGACCAAGUCAAGACCAAGAUCAUUGCAAGUCACUGCAUUAAAACACUUAUGAUAAAAUGUGGAAUAUGCAUAUGAUUAGGCACUUCUUGUCUGUGUGUGUGCGUGCGUGCGUGUGUGUGCCAUCAGAGAAGUUGAUAAAAUAAUCAAAGGCAUUGCAGAUAUGUGGGAAUUUAUCUUUGUCUAUAAGCAAAUAAAAGUGAACAAACACUAAAGAGCUGAAAUCAACUUAACCAUUUAAUCUGAACUGUCUUUCCAUGGCUUGCCAUCCAACACAAUGCAGGUGUUUUUAGUAAUAAAAUUAGAAAAACUGUCAUUGGGAGAAACUUAAACAAUGCUUAAACAAUGCCAACAUCAUAUGCCAAACCUGAAUAAACUGCAUAAAAUUAAUGAUAAAAAAUAAAUUUGUGAUGUGCAUUGCAAAAAAUAAUUUUCAAGAAAAAAUGUUAGUAUUUGUGUCUUGUUUUCCGUAAAAAUAUCUAAAGAUUCUUUUCUUG